UGGAGGAAGGUGGCACGGCAUGCAUAGAGAACAGAAUCGGGAACCAGAUCGCGCUCAAUCUUUCCCCGGAUCCCAUGACAGCUAGCCACGCCAGCGCGAGAUUAUAAGCACCACCACCAGUCGCUAUCUGCCAUUCAGAUUAUUAACAUACCAUCACACACGCGCGCGCGGCGGCCUUGGCUGGUUGAUGGGCAGCAGCUUCGCCGGCGGCGAGAUGUGCAUGGACAGCGGCCGAAGGCGCGGGGGCAAGAAGGCGGCGGCGGACCACCAAAAGGCCAACAAGCAGCCGCAGCGCGGCCUGGGCGUCGCGCAGCUCGAGAAGAUCCGCCUCCACAACCAGAUGAUGGCCGCAUACCGCCACCACCAGGACGCAGGCACCAGACAAGUGCCGUUCGCCGCCGCCCCGGUGGCCGGCGCCUCCUCCUCCUUCCAGCAGCCAGCGGCAUACCUCACGAACUGCUUCGAGGAGACGGAGCGGGGCAUCGUGGCCGUGCACUACUACGACGGCCAUCUGCCACCGUACGGCUCGAGCCCGCCGCCGCCGUCGCUGUUCGCGCACGACGUCAGGGAUUCCUCCGGCCACAGGCUGGGCCAGCCGCAGCACCAGCAGCACUACUGGAUCUGCAGCCCGAGCGAGGGGUCCAGGUCCGGCGGCAGCGGGGAGGAGCUCGACUUGGAGCUGAGAUUGUAGCUAGCCUAAUUAACUACAGUAGUUGCUGAUUUUGUUCUUGGCUUGGGGUUGGACCUCCUACUGUCUACUACUAGGCUAAUCGAUGCGCAUGGGCGAAGCAUCAUGCAUGAGCUAGCACUGUGGGAAAAAUUAAAUUAGCUAGCUAGCUUUUUAUUUUUCCUAUCUGCAAUUAAUGUAAAGAGAUUUAAUGUGACAGCAUUUUGAUUUGGCACACACGAAUAUAAUGCGUUUG